AUGUCACUCAACAACGAUUGGAAGAAAGAGUUGUACAAAGCAUCGAGAACAACCAUCAUCAACAUAUCAAACGACACUGACUAUAUAUUACAACGAGUCUAUGUUAAAUUACAACAAGGUCUAUUGCGAAUAUUUCCUCCUGAAAUCAUUGCACCAAAUAGUAAAAUAGAAUUUGCAUCAGAGAGUAAUGCAUUUGUAACAGGUACAAAGGGUAGUGUAAUCUAUUUGUUGCUGCCUCCCUCGAUUGCACCGUUGCACUCUAGUAGUAUACAAUCAUUGUCAAAUCUGAUUGGAAUGAAGUUGUGGGAGCCAUUCUUGUACGUCACUGUCGAAUGGUCAAACCCGUAUUGGACGACACACAGCUGCUCGAUAUCAGCGUCGCCACACAACAUCAUCGAAACCAAAUACUAUCUGUCACACGAAGAGAUCAAUCGUCAAAUACACUCUGAGGUAAAGACUACCAUCAAGAGUCCCAAUUCAUCAUCUCCUUCUCCUUCUGUUGCACCCAAUACACCAACAUCACCAAAAACUAUAAAUAGUAAACGUGAUUCAACAUCUUCUCCAUCAUCAACAUCAAACAAUACAACAACAACACCAGGAUCAAACAACAAUAAUAAUGGUAAUAAUAGUAUUAAAAAUUCAACAUCAUCAUUGGGAUCGAAUUCUACAACAUCAACGACAACACCAACUUCACCAUCAUCAUUGGUAUCACUUAGUUCUACAUUGUCAUUCUUUUCAUCAUUGUCAAAUUCACCGAUUCGAGGUGAAUCGAUUACAGGUGGAAAGGAUUCAUUCCCAUUCCCAUGGAACAAUUCAGAUAGUGGUGCGUCAAAGGACAAUUACUCGUUGGAGCAUGGUAAUUGGUACGAGCUGCCACCCGAGGGUAUUCCUCCAGGAGCAACCAUUGAAUUUGGUACCGCUGCUAGUGGUAUUUGUACAGGCACAAAUGGAAGUGUAAAUUAUUAUUCAAAUGGGCUCAAGGGUGAUAUCAAGCUGACAUUUAAUAACCCAUUCAUUGGCGAAAACACAUUCUCUUCGCAUUGUCCUCCUCAAUACACUAUUGAAAAACAUGCGAUCCCUGGUACCACUUCAACCGUCGUUUUUGUUAUCACCGAUCAAAAUCAACAACAACAUCAACAACAGCAAUCACAGCAACAACAACAAUUACAGUCUCAACCACAAAAUAGUAAUAAUAAUAAUAAUAAUUUAUCAAAUAGUUUAAUUAUACGUGAUUAUCAACAAAAUAGUGCACCACCACCACAAAACACAUUUAGAAUGAUAUCACUCAACCUUGGACUAUUGAUCAAUUCUACCAAUUAUAGUUUGGAGGAUCGUGUAACCAAUGUUGCCAAUAUGUUGAUCAAUAUGUCUGAAAAGUAUGACAUUAUCUGUUUGCAAGAGUCUGGCGAAGACAGUGGAUUGUAUUUUGCUAGUACAUUCCCCACCCCAUGGAGUGAUUUUAGACUAUUUAACGAGGGUAUUGGAUUGGAUGUACACUCGAGCAAGGGUAUUCAAGCUGUUAAACUAGAUACUUCAUCCAUCAAGGAAAACUCGAUACUCUAUGUAUUCAAUGCACACCUUCAAUCAAAUCCAAUCGAAGGUUCGGUGGCUUGGCAAAUGGUAUCGGGUGACGAUAAAUUGAAAAAGGCUCAAACCGUUAGAACUCUUCAACUUCAAUCCAUUCGUGAUUUCAUUUCAACUGAACUUUAUAAUAAUCAACAAAACAAGAAUAAUAAUAAUAAUAAUAAUAGUAGUAAUAACAGUAAUAACGGUAAUGGUGGUGGAAAUGGACAAAAGAAAUCAAUUGGAUUAAUAUUAUGUGGUGAUAUGAAUAUUAUUGGAGAGAAUGAACAAAUUAUAUCAGACGAGGGUAAUCAAUACAAAGGAGAUUACGGCAACUUUUUCACGACUGAUGGCUCGUAUCCAAGACAAUAA